AGUUCUUCUAGCUUUUUGCCGCGUUGGACAGAUUGGCGGAGCUUGGGGAUGGCUGACGCUGGGAGCCUGCGGGCACCGCUGUGCACGGAGCAGUUCGGCUCCGGAGCCCCGCGCAGCUGCAGCGCUGCUGCCGAUGGGAGCCUGCAGUGGGACAGGGCUCCGCGCUGGGGCUGGCUCUCCCGGGCCCCGAUAGCGAAACCUGGGCAGCACGUGGGUGGAGGCGAGGGGCCCUGGGCAGCACUGACUGCUCUUUCGGGCCUCAGAUCCGUGCUGCUGCCUCAGGGCUUCCCAGAUAGCGUCAGCCGGGAUUACCUGCCAUACCAGCUGUGGGAUUCCGUGCAGGCCUUUGCUUCCAGCCUCUCCGGCUCCCUAGCCACCCAGGCAGUAUUGCAGGGCUUAGGGGUAGGCAACGCAAAAGCCUCAGUUUCAGCUGCCACGUCCACCUGGCUUGUGAAAGAUUCAACUGGCAUGUUGGGCCGCAUCAUCUUUGCCUGGUGGAAGGGGAGCAAAUUGGACUGUAAUGCAAAGCAGUGGAGGCUCUUUGCCGAUGUCCUCAAUGAUAUAGCCAUGUUCCUAGAGAUCAUGGCUCCCAUGUACCCAAUCUUUUUCACCGUGACUGUCAGUACCAGCAACCUAGCCAAGUGCAUUGUUGGUGUGGCUGGCGGGGCCACUCGAGCCGCACUGACCAUGCACCAGGCCCGAAGAAACAACAUGGCCGAUGUGUCAGCUAAGGACAGCAGCCAGGAGACAGUGGUGAACCUAGCGGGGCUUCUGGUCAGCCUUUUGAUGCUUCCCCUGGUAUCAGAUUGCCCAAGCCUCGGCCUUGGCUGUUUCUUCCUGCUCACUGCCCUGCACAUCUAUGCCAACUACCGGGCAGUCCGAGCCCUCGUCCUGGAGACCCUGAAUGAAAGCCGCCUCCAGCUGGUCCUAAAGCACUUCCUUCAGAGGGGAGAGGUACUUGAGCCUGCUUCAGCCAAUGAGAUGGAGCCAUUGUGGACAGGUUUCUGGCCAUCCCUGUCUCUGUCCCUGGGUGUUCCCUUACACCACUUGGUCUCCAGUGUCUCCGAGCUGAAGCAGCUGUCUGAGGGCCACCACGAGCCAUACCUCCUUUGCUGGGACCAGGCCCGAAACCAGGUACAGGUCGCUCUGAGCCAAGAGGCAGGCCCUGAGACUGUCUUAAGGGCUGCCACCCAUGGGCUGAUUCUUGGAGCCCUGCGGGAAGAUGGGACGCUUCCAGGAGAGCUGGCAGCGCUGAGGCGCCAGGUGCAGGCGGGUUCUAAGAAAGAAAGCUGGAUUCUUGUCAGGGAGACCCAUCAAGUGUUGGACACACUGUUCCCAAAGUUCUUGAAAGGACUGCAGGCUGCUGGCUGGAAGACAGAGAAACACCAUCUAGAGGUGGAUGAGUGGAGGGCCACAUGGCCCCUGACUCCAGAAAAGAAGAUCUUAUGAGCAGUGGGGCUCCAAGCCCGAACCCAGGACAGGAGCCUGGAGACCAGAAUGGAGCCAAGAGCAACAACAUUUCUGCCACAAGGGCAGCUUUAUUCUUGUAUAGGCAAGCUUCUGUGACCAGUUGGCCACCAUCUUGUGGGAAGUGACAACCCAUCAAAUGCACUGGACCCCAGGUAAAGAGGAAGGAACCUGCUGUAUUCCUGCCCUUUCCCUUUUCCGGGAUCCACUACAAGCUCCUCACGCUCACUUUCUGUGAGGCUCAGACAUGCCCUGGUGGCAGCUCAUGGUAGCCAACACACUUGACUUUAUGCAUAAAAGCCCCAGAGGAACACA